CGGGAGGACCGUGUUUCAAUCAUAAUACUUGAGAAAUAAACAAACUCCGAAAAGCUAUAAACGCGACUUGAUGUUGUCUUCAAUGCAUCGGCCACGGGCUCUGUUUCGCGACGUUUUCACGACAGUGCCGUGCGCCAAUCCGCCGUCGUUACGGGAGUGAAGUGCGUCUCUUCGGAGCAGAUACCGGCGGAGAGAAGCUCCGCAGCCAGAGAAAGGAAUUCAAUUUCGGGCUCGCUCUCCACCGGGACCCUCGCCGACCACCGCCGGCACACCACACUCGACCGCGGGAGCUCGAUGUGGACGCGGGGCUGAGGGAAGCAAAGGGCCACGCUGGGGGGGAAAAAGGAGACUAGCCGAAUUACCAAAGCGAGCUCGUCGGAGUAGCCCAGUCGCCUCCAAAGGCGACGCUCGACGAAAAAGGAAGCGGCGGAGACACACGCUGCGCCCGGAGCAGGGGUGAAAGAUGGACUAUGACUUCAAAGUGAAGCUGACCGGAGAGAGGGAGCGAGUCGAGGACCUGUUCGAGUACGAGGGAUGCAAAGUGGGCAGAGGCACCUACGGCCAUGUUUACAAAGCGAAGAGAAAAGAUGGGAAGGAUGAUAAGGACUACGCCCUCAAGCAGAUUGAAGGCACUGGCAUCUCCAUGUCAGCCUGCAGAGAGAUUGCACUGCUGCGGGAGCUGAAGCACCCUAAUGUCAUCUCCCUGCAGAAGGUUUUCCUGUCACAUGCAGACCGUAAAGUAUGGCUGCUCUUUGACUACGCUGAACAUGAUCUCUGGCACAUCAUUAAGUUUCACAGAGCAUCCAAGGCCAAUAAAAAGCCACUUCAGCUGCCUAGAGGAAUGGUGAAGUCUCUGCUCUACCAGAUCCUGGAUGGCAUCCAUUACCUCCACGCCAAUUGGGUCCUCCACAGAGACCUUAAACCAGCAAACAUUUUAGUGAUGGGGGAAGGGCCAGAGAGGGGUAGAGUAAAGAUUGCGGACAUGGGGUUUGCCCGUCUCUUUAAUUCACCGCUAAAGCCUUUAGCCGAUCUCGACCCUGUGGUGGUCACCUUCUGGUACAGAGCACCUGAACUACUGCUGGGUGCUCGGCACUAUACCAAAGCCAUCGACAUCUGGGCGAUUGGCUGCAUCUUUGCAGAGCUGCUGACGUCUGAACCCAUAUUCCACUGUCGCCAGGAGGACAUCAAGACCAGUAACCCAUACCACCAUGACCAACUGGACCGCAUCUUUAACGUCAUGGGCUUUCCUGCCGAUAAAGACUGGGAGGACAUCAAAAAGAUGCCAGAACACUCCACGCUGAUGAAAGACUUUAGGAGGAACACAUAUACAAACUGCAGCCUUAUAAAGUACAUGGAGAAACAUAAAGUCAAACCAGACAGCAAAGCAUUCCACUUGCUGCAGAAGCUAUUGACAAUGGACCCCAUCCGUAGAAUCACAUCUGAGCAGGCCAUGCAGGACCCUUACUUUCUGGAGGAGCCCCUGCCCACAUCUGAUGUGUUUGCAGGCUGCCAGAUUCCCUAUCCCAAGAGAGAGUUCCUGACAGAAGAGGAGCCAGAGGACAAGGCAGACAAAAAAAACCAGCAGCAGCAACAGGGAAACAACCACACGAAUGGGGCGGGGCACACUGGCAACGCUGACAACAGCCACGCCCAGGGUCCGCCUCUGAAGAAAGUGCGAGUUGUCCCGCCCACCACUACCUCAAGUGGCCUCAUCAUGACCUCAGACUACCAGCGCUCCAAUCCACAUGCUGCCUACCAGAACCCUGGACCAAGCACAACACUGCCCCAAAGCAGCAUGGGAUACUCCACUACCUCCCAACAACCCCCCCAGUACUCUCACCAGACCCAUCGCUACUGAAACCCCCCCCUCUCACCCGACACAGGCACACAUUCACACAUAUAUAACACAUGCCCAGCCCUCACCACGCCCACCUGAACGAAUGUACUGAGGGAUGUGGGGGUCAAAGGCAACAAACUCCCCCCACCCCACAGAGGGUACCUUCUCUGCAGCAGUCUGUUAGGCCAGAACAACAACAAUGUUCACUUCUUCGAAAUGACACAACGUAACCCUAUUAUUAGAAACAUUGCUAAAGAGCAACACCUGACGGGUGAAGCACAAGGCGGGAGGAUGAGAUGAAAAGGUGCUGUGGCUCAUUCCCUCCUGUAGUUCAAACCAGCCAAGAGAAGAUGGCUCAGUUCAGAGGGGCACUUGAUAUUUUUUUGUGUCAUCUUCUCCCCUCUUUGUCUUCACUUGUCCCCACACCUCCACCAACGUCCUGCCCCAGCCAGUUACCCUCUUCCUGUUGAAGCUUGGAUUAGACUGAAAGCUGCUAUGUGACUGCCAGCGUUGACAGAUUCUCUGUCCUCCUGUCGGUCUGUUUGUCUGUCUGUCUGUUCAUUUUGUGUGUUCGUGAGCAGCCCUAUGAGGGCCUCAGCUGAGGAAUGAACUGAGCUGCUGUGAAGCAUGCUAGGAGGAUGUGGAGCCCCCAUAGCUGUGGCAUUGAGGGUUUUUGUUCAGAAAGGACAAAAAAAAGGUGACAAAAUAAUGAUUUUAGUAGUUUAUAAUUUAAUCGGUUUUUAUGGUUUUGUUUUCGUGGCAAAGCAGCUUGCGCUGGCUGAGCGCUUAGCUGCUGUAUGCUGUGGGCAAGCCUUACAUCGUGAUGACAGAACCAACCAAUCGCAUGGAGGAUGGCAGAUGGAACAUGCAUUGUACUGUAUUGUAUUGAAAUAUUUUACAUGAAGCAAGUAUCCUGACAAUAAAAGUGGAAACAUUGA